AUGGUUAGAACACGAGGAAAUUUAGGUAGACGCGGUUCAAAUGAUGCACCAGAGAGUUCUAGACAGGGUGGUGCACGGAAUAGACCCACAGCUUCGGCUCGUAGAAGGGGUCAGCAUGAGGGUAAUGUGGUUGAGGAUGAUAUUGUUGAGAAUGAGGUUUCUGAAGUUCCUCAGGAGGACGAGCACGGCAUUGAUAACGAUGGUGGAGGAUUUCCUGGGGGUCCAUAUGAUACAUCUUUAUUGACCCGGUACCAGGAUCAUGUUGCACGCAUGAUAUGGGAUGGUCAGGAUCGAGUUGUGAAAGUGGUCUCUCAUAUUAAAAUGGUGAAGAAAUUAGGACGUCCUCAUCCUUCUGUUGCACCUUUUGUGUUAGCUUCUGGAUUAUCGCCUCUGUGCGAUAUUUUAUAUGAAUAUAUCGAUCUUGGGUUAGUAUUGGGUUUCGUGGAGAGAUGGCAUCCCGAGACUAAUACUUUUCAUUUACCCAUUGGGGAGAUGACCAUCACUUUGGAUGACGUAUCGUCACUUCUCCAUCUUUCCAUCAGUGGAAACUUUUGCUCCACUGAAAAUCUGGAAUAUGAAGAUUCUGUUCAGAUUUUGACGACACUUCUUGGUGUUGACCGGGCCAUGGCAUGUGUGGAGCUGAAUCAAAGUUGGGGUGCACAGGUCCGACUGAGCUGGUUGAGAGACUUGUAUCAUAGCUGUUGUGAAAACGAGCUAUGGGAGUUUGCUGCACGUGCAUAUCUUUUGCACCUUGUAGGGUGCACGAUAUUUGCUAACAAAAGCGCCACCUAUGUUCGUACACAUUAUCUCGAGCUAUUUAGAGAUCUUUCCACAUGUCGUACAUAUGGUUGGGGAGUUGCUGCUCUUGUCCACUUAUAUGAGCAGCUAGGAGAUGCCAGCUUUGCAAAUACAAAGCAAUUAGCUGGAUAUCUACCUCUUCUACAGCUUGGAUAUACGAGCACUUCCCUACAUUGGGAAGGAAGCAAGUACGGGAUACAUAUGUGGAGACCGAACCCCGUGCUCUACGUUAUGUCACUGGACGCGCCAUUUCCGCUAUAG